CACGCUACGAGGAAUCUUUGACUGCGUGUGGGUGACCAUGGCGGCGAAGAAAAGGAAGCAGAGUGGCCAUGCGAAAGCUAAGAAAAAAGCCAAGACAACGGAGGCUGUAGUCACGCAGGAACGGGCGGAAAAGAUGCUGCAGGAGCCACAGGAGAAUGAGACAAACAUGGAACACGAGCAAGACGAAACUACGACUUCCGAAGCUUCUGGGCUGCUUUCAGCUGAACUAUUGGAAGAAAUGGGUGGAGAAGAUGCUGGCGGUGUGUUGGUGUUACCAGGUCGCCGUGAGAAGAAGCAGAAGACCGAUAAAAUGCCCGACGAGCUGCUAGAACAGGCACAGCACAUGAGCAAGAGCAAACGCAAGAAACUAGAAGCCAUCGCAGCCAGAAAAGUGAAGGAGGCAAGGCGCGCAGAUUUGUACAAGUCUUUGGAGAAGCAACAGCUCUCUCAAGACCAGAUGAAGCUCCUGUACAGCACGUCACAGAUGGGUCACAAGGAGACACUACGGGAACGACUCAAACGCUCGCUAAACCGACAAAAAGCAGGCAUCGAACUCUCGGAAGAUGCCAAGAGUGAGCUUUUUAAGAAGCAGGAUGUACGUGAACAAGACGAGGACGAGUCUAUGGAGGAGACGAAGCCUAAGGAGAAGAAUUCUGACCGUGUUAAGAGUACUGAAGCUCAAGUUAUUAAUGACAAGCCUGACAAUGACGCUGUCCAGGAUAAAACUGGUAAGAAGAAGCGUCGUAAGAAAAAAGCGGCAGUAGUGAGUCGUUCAGUUCCGAUGUUGGAGACACAAGAGGAAGCUCCAGUGGCUGGGAGCAGUGACGCUGCGUCUGCCAUGGCUAUCCAACACACAGAAGAGAAUCCUGAAGAAGAAGCCAAGCGAACAAGCUCUCAAAGUGCAGCGAUGACUAAACUAGAAGCUCUGCGCAAGAAGAACGAGGAGAAGCGUCGUCUACGCGCUCUCUCUAAGCCACAAACAGCAGAUAUUCCCAAGCAAGAGGAGCCGACAGUAAACCCUUCUGACGCGUACGUUCCCAAGCCGAUCGUGAUGAAAACUGCCGAGGAAAUGCGCGCACUGAGCAAGAAGACCAAGAUAUCAUACAAGAACACUCUGGUUACUCUGUCACGCAAGCCGGAGAUCCAGAUGGCGCGUAUGCAGCUCCCUGUGUGCAGUUCAGAGCAGGAGAUCAUGGAGGCUAUCACUGACAACGACGUCAUCAUUCUAUGCGGAGAAACGGGCAGUGGUAAGACCACGCAGGUGCCUCAAUUCCUCUACGAAGCAGGCUAUGGCCACCCUGAUCACCCGAGCAACAGCGGACGCAUCGGAGUCACUCAACCACGUCGUGUCGCUGCCGUAUCCACCGCCAAACGUGUCGCCGAAGAGCUGAACGUGCCGUUCGGAGCGCCUAAGGGCCACGUGGGAUACCAGAUCCGAUACGACGCCGAACACGUGAGUGAACACACGCGUAUCAAGUUCAUGACGGACGGUAUUCUACUCAAGGAGAUCCAGCAAGAUUUCUUGCUACGUCAGUACUCCAUCCUGUUGCUGGAUGAGGCUCAUGAACGCAAUGUGAACACAGAUAUCCUGAUCGGUUUACUGUCUCGUAUCGCUCCGUUGCGAGCUCAAAUGUCGCGAGAGGAGGAAGAAGCGUACAAUUCGUUGUCUGACGAAGAGAGAGAGGCUGCUGACAAGCCUAUUAAGCCUCUAAAACUGGUGAUUAUGUCGGCUACGUUGCGUGUGGAGGACUUUACACAGAACCAGAGAUUGUUCCCCAAUCCGCCGCCCGUGCUUCGUGUGGAUGCUCGACAGUAUCCGGUUACUAUACACUUUAACAAACGCACAGAGUUGGAUAACUACGUGGACGAAGCGUACAAGAAGGUGAUUAAGAUCCACAAGAAACUCCCAGAAGGUGGCGUACUGGUCUUUCUCACAGGACAGCGCGAGAUCCUGCAGUUGUGUCGCAAGCUCAGUCGAGCAUAUUCUGUCGCUGCAAGGAACAAGAAGGCAGCAGCGCUGAAGAGCAGUCGAUCGUUCCGUGCACAACGCAGACAAACCGAGACGUCGAGUAAAGAGGAUUUCUUACGGGAACACGAUGAUAUCGAAGAAGAAGCGGACUUGGAGGACGCUCAAGUGUACGGCACUGAGGAUAUUGAAGACCCCACGUACGAGUUGGAAGAAGAGCAGAAUUCUGACGAUGAAGACGAAGAGAUGGAAGAGCUGGCUGUGCCCUAUUUACACGUGCUUCCGCUGUACUCGUUGCUGCCUAACGACGAGCAGAUGAAGGUCUUUGACACGCCUCCGGAGAACCACCGACUGGUCGUUGUAGCUACCAACGUGGCUGAGACUUCGCUGACAAUCCCUGGUAUCAAGUACGUGGUGGACGCUGGACGUACCAAGGAGCGUGUGUUUGAUCUGGCGAACGGCAUUUCGUCCUUUGAAGUCCAGUGGAUCUCCAAGGCCAGCGCGGAUCAACGUGCCGGUCGUGCAGGUCGUACAGGACCCGGUCACUGCUACCGUUUGUACUCUUCUGCAGUGUAUGACACGGAGUUCCAGAAGUUCUCGUCUCCUGAGAUCCUGUGCCAACCUAUCGAUGACUUGGUGCUGCAGAUGAAAGCCAUGGGUAUCCACAACGUGCUGCAGUUCCCGUUCCCGACACCGCCAGACCGUCAAGCAGUGAAGAACGCGCUUGCAACGCUCGUCAACCUCGGUGCUGUGUCUCCAGGUGACGACGAGGCUAUCACUGGACUAGGUCGCGCUCUAGUCAAGUUCCCUGUAGCUGCUCGGUUUGCUAAGAUGCUGUUGCUGGCACAGAAGCUGAACGUCGUCGAGUACACGAUUGCUAUCGUCGCUGGUCUGUCCGGUCACUCUCCGUUCAUCCACGCUUUGGAUCGUCGUGAGAAGGAGAAGAAUGAAGAAGAGAACGAUGAAGAGAAGAGCGAAAUGGAAGAAAUGGAGAAGGAAUGGCGAGAGGCAGAAGAGAUGCGCAAACACGCACAGUGGAUCGAUCAGGAGAGCGACGUCUUGAGUCUGCUGCGUGCUGCUGGCGCCUAUGCGUACACAGGGGGAAGCAGUCAGUUCUGUAAGGACAACCAUCUGCACGAGAAGACCAUGCAGAAUAUGCUCAAGCUGCGUCAACAAUUGACUAGAAUUGUCAAUAAACUGUACGCAGAGGAGGAUGCUAUUGAACUCAAGCCGAAGAUGCCGCCUCCAGACCUAGAAACGCAAGUUGUACUGCGUCAGAUCGUAGCUGCUGGAUUCCUUGAUCAAGUUGCCAAGCGUGUACCGGCUGGAACAAUCACGGAAGGCACCAAGAUCGAGCGUAACUGUGCGUACAUUGCAGCUACGGGUCAAGUGAAGGAGCCUGUGUACAUCCACCCGCACUCGUCAGUAUUCACGCCCAACCCGAGCAAGCUACCGCAGUUUGUAGUGUACCAACACAUCAUGCGGACAACCCGUGCGUACAUGAAGAUGGUGACUGCUAUUGAACCGGAAUGGCUGGCAGGUAUCGGCAAGAACACGCCGUUGUGUAAAUAUGCACCGCCAUUGGCCGAGCCAGCGCCGUUCUACCAUCCAGAACUGGACGAGGUGCAGUGCUAUGCCAAGGCGCAGUAUGGAAUGCAUCAGUGGUCUCUACCGGCCAUGCGCAUAUCGUACCCGGACCAAGAUGCAUCGGAGUCGAAGGACGGACUGGGCGGGAAGUAUCGCUGGUUUGCCAAGUUUCUACUGGAUGGACAAGUUAUUACUAGUCUGCGGCCGUUCUCGAGCGCUCUGAAGGAGCCUAGUCACACGUUGAUCCGCAAGAAGUUCGACAAGAAGAUUCAAUUGUUGGUUGCUAAGUUGCAGCAAAACCGAGUGGCUUCACGUCGUGCACUUGUUGAUAGAUGGAGUAAGGCAGAUGGGAAGCUGUUUCUUAAGGCGGAAUUGCAGAGCUGGAUCAAGGAUAGUCAUCAGACUGUAUUCAGUCAGGCAUGGGGAGCGCUAGUUAAGACAGCAGUGCAGGAGAAGAGGACAGCAUCGUCCAGCUAGGCAAUACCUUUUUACUUGUAUAAAGAGGUUUCACAAUGUGCACCCCAGGUGUGUGGCCUGAAUAGUUGUGCACCGUAAACAAGCUUCAGACUGGG